AAGGGGGGUUCAACGACCAUUUGCUAAAAAUGUUUUCAACUAAAAGCAUUUACAUUUUCGCUAUUUCAACUUGAUCCCAUAAUUUUUUUUAAAAAUGGCUUGAACUAGUAAUUUUUUUAAAAGGCAGUAUUUUUAGCACUCCAGGGCACUUUUCCAUAAAAGAUUUUUGGAAUUUUAGGGGGUUUGGUUCAGUAAAAUAUUUUGAGUCAACGGAAAAUGUUAAGUUAGUAAACUGAAAAAGAAGGCGGAAGACCAAACCUCUCACUUUAUUCACUCUCUCACCUCCACUCAUCUCGUAAAAGGACUCCAUCAUAGGCAAAUUUUCUGUUUCUCCAUGAUCUUGGAUUUGGUAGCUUUCAUACACUAAAGCAAUACACAGAAAGCCUAGAGAACCAGAAGUUACUUAGGAACUUCCAAACUGAAGGGCCGACCCCGUUUGAGAAAGGCAGGCGACCAAACCAAUAUCUUUAUUGUUCCCUUUGUUGUUGUUCGAUUGUUUUGCAACUUACAAGUAUAUAUAAAAGAUUGGGGAAGGGAAGGUAUCUAAACUCACAAGCUUAUAAUCAGAAAAAAAGAGAAAGAUGCAGGGCCAUGUCUCACAGGAUACUCCGGUUGGUGUUCCGGCAGCUUUAAUAUGGGACGUAUACCGUGGUCUGGAACUGGGGAGGCUUGUGGAUAAACUAGCACCGGAGGUUCUUGGAAGGGUAGAAUUCCUAGAAGGUGAUGGAGGCGUUGGAACCAUUGCCAAACUCACACUUCCACCAGGCACCCCUGGAAGGGGUUACAUGAAAGAAAGAUUCACAAAGAUUGAUGAUGAAAAUCGAGUUAAAGAAACAGAAGUGCUUGAAGGAGGAUACAAAGAUCUUGGAUUCGAUGUGGUUCGUAUUCGGUUAGAGAUAGUGGAGAAAGAUUCGGAAUCAUGUAUGGUGAGGUCAACUAUAGAGUAUGAAGGAGACGAGAAGCUUGCUGAUGUUGUUUCCCAUGUCAACGUUAAGCCAUUGGAAAUGAUGGCUGAAAUUAUUGGGAAACAUCUCUGCCAAAACAAAUCCACUCCCUAGGACUUUCCCUUUCCAUCUUCCAAUCCAACUACUUCGUUUCAUUGCUCAUUUCUCAUAUAUCCAAGAUAUGAUGGAUAUAUGUCCGUUUUAUAGUGAAUGUUUGAGGUGUAUAGUUGUACUUUUCACAAUGUUAUCUUUAAAUACAUUCUCUCCUUAAAAAUAGUACAAUGUGACUUAAUUGAUGGUUUGAUGUUUAAA